AUGGAUAAAUUAGUUAGUUCUGGAAUUAAAAAAACAGCCACUAAUAUUACUGCAACAUCUAGGCCAUUCGUGGAUAUUAAACAGAUUAAGUGUAUUGGAGGUAGAGGAGGGAAUGGAGCGUUGGCUUUCUCGAAGCACGGCUCUCAUCACUUGAUGGGACCAGGCCUCCCAGUUGGAGGAAGAGGCGGAAAAGGAGGUAGCGUUUUCGCUGAACCAGUGAAAAGGACAGGCGAAACAGUUGAUUUUAGAUCAAUCCCCUCAGUGGUAGUGGCUAAAAAUGGUUUAAACGGAAAGGGCAGUAAAAUUAACGGAAAUUCCGGGACAGAUGUUAUAUUGAAGAUGCCAGUUGGCACACUAAUAUAUAAGUAUGAGCCAGUGGGCAUAGUCGAAAACUGGAGAGAUGUGUGCAAAGAGUGGAACAAAGAGCUAAUCGCAGACAUAGAUUCAUUGAACCAUGAAAGAAUAUUGUUAGCAUCAGGAGGAUUGGGAGGAUUAGGGAACAAUUUAAAGAACCCAUAUGAAUCUGAAGAUGGAAAGGAACCAGAGGAAAAUUACUAUGAAAUUAGACUCAAGUUAAUAGCGGAUAUUGGCCUACUGGGACUCCCUAACGUGGGAAAAUCUACUCUCUUUUCAUCAGUGACCAGAGGUAGCAGUAAAAUAGGGGACUAUCCGUUUACGACCCUGGCACCAUACGUAGGAUACAUAAGAUACAACGACGGAAGGAGCAUAAGUGUGGUUGACUUGCCGGGAAUUGUGGACGCCAGUAUAAAUAACACGUUUUUACAGCACCUUGAGAGGGUUAAGCUCAUUUUGUACCUAAUUGACCCCUGUAAUCCGACUUACGGGUGUAUAGACAAUUUUAACCUGUUAAGGUUGUACAGAAACCAACUGACUGAGCACAAUUUGAAUGAAAAGCCCUUUGUGGUCGUCACCACGAAAAUGGAUAUAGCGUCAAAGAUGUCAUCAGUGAAGGCAGACCAGUUACAACAAUACGUAAAAAUUAGUUAUAUACAGCAGAUAACUAUGCCAGUGCGUAUUGUAUCAUCCUGA